AUGGAAAUUAGAGAAGAACACAGGAAAAUAAUAGACGCUUUAUAUGACACAUGGUCAAAUGACGAAAAGCGAAGGAAGGAAUCCGAAGAAUUUUUAAAGGACUUGGAAAAAGAUGAAAAUAUUUUAAUUUAUUUAUUGGAUAUAUGUACAUAUAACAAUGUGCAUAUUAAUGUAAGAAAGUUGGCUAUUAUGUAUUCUAAAAAUUUAAUUUCAUUGUAUUGGAAUUGUAAAAACGAAUUUCAAAUUAAAAGUGAUAUUAAAAAAAUAGUAAAGGAUAAAAUAAUUGUAUUACUUAAUGAUAGUAAUAAUAUAAAUAUAUUAUAUAAAGAAUAUUGUAUAUUAUUAAAAAAAAUAGCUCGAUAUGAACUUGUUCAUAAUUUUCCUGAAUUAUUAGAAUGCUUGUUAAAUAAUAUUAAUAUACAUAGAAAUAAUUUAAAUAAUUUGUAUAUAUAUUUAUAUCUACUUUAUAAAAUAUUAAGAGAGCAAUAUAGUAAAAAAUUAUUUAAAGACAAAAAGCAAACGUUUGAUAUUUCACAAACAGUUAUAAAUAUAUUAGAACCAUUUUGGAAUAAUAAUAUUAACAUUUAUUACAAAAAUUCAAUAGAAAAUCCAUGUAUUUAUAAUGAUGAAUAUAAUUGUGAAAAAUGUUAUGACAUUUUUUGUAUUAUGCAGCAAUAUGAAGAGUCCCUAUCAUUUAAUUAUGUCGAAAAUUGUAUAAAAAAAGAAGAUAAUAAUAACAACAGUUUGUUAACAUAUUCAUGCAUAGAAGGUUUAGAAAAAAAUAUAUUUCUUAAUUCAAAAGUCUGUAGUAUUGGAUCAACCCUGAUAAAAGCUAACACACUAAAAUAUGACCAAAACAGGAAUAAAAAAAUUGAAAUUCUUAAAUUUCUUGAUAGCAUUCUGAUCAACUUAAUUAUAAACAGAAAGGAUAUCAUAAAAAGUGGGAUAUUUCCAACUAAUAUUAACGAAAAAAAUGGAAAAAACGAACAAAACGAACAAAAAACAAAUGGUGAUGAAAAUAAAAAUAAUAAUAGUAACAUUUGUGAAAGUGGCGAUAGGGCAAUUGGGUUUUUUGAGCAGUUUUUUUUUGAAAGCCUAGUUAACAAAAUAGUAUACUUUUUAAAAUAUGUAAAUAAAAAUAGCCAAAUAUAUUAUAUGAGUUAUCUAAAAUUUUUGCUGAAAUCUUUUUUUUUGAUGGUGGAAUUUCAUAGCGAAUUUCACAUGUACUUAAAAAAAGAAAUAAUAGAAAAAUUUAUUUGUCUAUUUUUAAAAAAGAAUAUAAAUAUAAAAACAUAUAAUAAUGAAUAUGAUACCAAAUUCAUAGACAUUAUCAACUUAUGUAUAACAAUCAUAAAAUCGUUAUUUUAUCAUUUCUGUUUAAAUCAAUAUAAUUUAAUAAAACAAAAAACAGUUCGAGAAAAUUAUGUAAAUGUAAAAAAUAUUAUGAACAAUAAAAAUACAGUAAAAUUAGAAAGCUAUUAUGAAAAUUCGUUAGGAAAUAAAAUAAUAAAUAACAUAAUGACAAAUAUAAAUAAACCAGUUGAAAAUAAUAAUAUAUCAAAUAUAUUUUGUAGUAACACAGAUUUUACUUUAAAAAAUAUACUAGGAUAUAUUAGAGGAGAAGUAAAAGAGACAUUGAAAAAUGAUGAUUUUAUUUUAUUAAAUAAUGAAAAAGCUAUCGAAAUAUUUGAUUUUAUGAGAAUAUAUUGUAUCAAUCUUUCUCCGGAGCAUAUUAUAGAUAUAACAUUAAAUGUUAAAGACGAUUAUGAAAUAGAAGAAAAUAUUUUUUAUUCAAAUGGAAAAAAUUGUAUUAUUCAGUUAACACAUGAGCCUUUUUUUUUGGUUAUUUUUAAUCAUUUUUUUGAACCUUUAAUUAAUUCUUUUCAUAAUUAUGCACACUUUUUAAGAACAGCACCCCAAAAUUUAAAAAAUGUACAAAAUCCAAUUUAUUCUGAACAAGUCAUACAAUUAGAUGGCUAUUUAAAUGUUUAUUAUAUUUUAUAUCCAUCAUUUCAUAAAAAAAUAAAAAAUGAGCAUAUAUUAUGUAUGAUUCAAUUUUUUAUAGAUUUUAUAAAAAUACAACUUACGCAUCCCUUAAUUAGUUAUAGAAUAUGUCUAAUCAUAAAAGUUUGGAUUAAAAAUUACAAAGCAGCAUUUCCAUUUGUUGACGAUGUUAUAAUAUUAAUAUAUGAAAAUAUGAGAUUGUUAUAUUCACAAUUAUCUCAAAAACAUAAUUCACUUUUAUGGUUUCAAGAAAUUUCACAAAAUGAAAAGAAUAUAUUGCCUUCUAAUCAUUAUGGUUUAAAAUCGUCUAACUUUAUUCCUCUUCUUUUUUUUAAGUUCAUUUCUUUAUUUAAAUAUAUUUUCAAAUACGAGUAUGUAUACAAAAGAUAUGAUCAAAUAAAUGAAUUUCUUGUCGAGGCCCUUGUUUCCAUCCUUUCGAAGAUAAUGUAUCCGAAAAAUUCUCAGAAAAUUCUGAAAAUAAUGAGUCAUAUAAUUUUUAUAAACAACAAACAAAAAGAUAUAACAAUUUUUAAGGAAAAUUAUAAUUUUUUUCUGAAUUUGUACAUAAAUAGUAACACACUAAUUAGAGAAUAUAUACUAGACAUUUUGAUUAAAAUUUUAAAUAAAAAUUAUGAUGAAAAAUUGGAAUAUAUGGGAAGUGAAAAUAAAAAUGAAAAUAUAGGAGGCAGCAUUAAUUUAUACUAUCAAAUGAGUGAGCAAACAAAAAAUAUCUAUAAUGAAAAUAACAAAAUUAAUAAGGAAGUAAUUUGUGACGAAAAUAUUUUAUUUUACUUUAGUUUUGAUAUAAUAUUUUACACAAUUUCAGCGAAAGUUGGUGAAUAUAAUAAAAGAUAUGAAAAUAGUGAAAAUUUAAAUUUUGGGGAAGACAUAACAUAUAAAUAUAAAGAAAGUAUUAACAAUAUUAUUUAUAUGAAGAAUGAACAUAUAAAUUAUAAUAUUUUAAAUAUAAUUGAAAUAAAUUUAAAUAUAGACAAAAAUAUAGGCGAUCAUUUAUAUUCUCUAUGGUUAUGUAUUUUAAAAUUAACAUCAAAAUAUUUUAAUAAAAAAAAUGAAAAUAUUAUAAAAACAAUUUCUUCUUUAUAUAUAUGUAUUACAAGAUAUGUCGAAAUUUAUUUUGAAAAUUUAAAAAAUGCAAAUACACUAUUUCUUUUUGAUUUAAAUAACACAUGCUUUGACAUAAUUAUAGAAUAUUUAUGUUUUUUUAUAAAUAACGAAACAUAUAAUUAUUAUUUAACUUAUGAAGCAUUUUCGAAAAAUGUUAUAACAAAUGAGCUUUUGAAAAAUAGUCUUUUAAAUAUUUUACAAAAUAUAUUAACAAUAAAAUCAAACCAAAUUUAUGAUGAAGAACGAAUAGAAAAAGGAAUUUAUAUUUUACACAUAUGUGCAAGCUUAUAUAGAAAUUAUAUUAAAACUGAAAUACCAUCGAUUUUUAUUAAUAUUGUUAAUUUUAUAGUUAUAUAUUUUUUGAAAAUUAUAAUAAAAUAUUUUAAUAAGCUUUUUAAUAAUGAUCAAUUUGGAAAUAAAAACAAACAAUUGGUAACAAAGAAUUUGAUAUAUUAUCAAAAUCAAGAAAAUGUUUCAAAUUUUGGAAAUACAAGUUUAUAUUCAAAUUCAUUUAUUACUAUUGAAAAUCAUAAUGAAUUUUUUAUUAGGGAAAAUAAACCACACAAUGAACAAAUAAAUGAAUUUUUACAAAAUUAUAAAGAAAAACAAAGAACAAAUAUACAUGAAAAUAUAAUAAAUUAUGAUCGUGAUGAAAUAUUUUUUUCAAAUUUUACAAUUUAUCAGAAUAACAUAAAACAAAUAUUAAAUGUAAAAUAUUUGAAUGAAUACAACAUAACAACUACUUUCCAAGAAUAUAAUUUUUAUACAAUAAAAGAAGAUAAUUAUAAUUACAUAUGUAACAAUAGUAUACUUCCUUUAGUAGCAACUAUGUCUAUAUAUGAGCCAAAUUUUUUAAAUUAUAUUUUAAUAUCUUUUAUUUCAUACUUUGGAAUAAAUAUUUCAAUUUUUCUAUCAGCUAUUUAUGAACAUUUCAAAUAUAUACAUAAUAAAAAUAUUACAAUGUCAUCCUUAAUAUUUAUAUAUAUGUUAAAUCAGAAUUAUAUAUUUAGAAAUUUUUCAGCGAUUUUUGUUUUUCAAAAUUUCUCAAAUAUAUUGUCUAUAGACAAAUUUGAACAAUUUGUUUAUGGGAAAAAUAAAUCAGCUCAUUUAUUUAUUUCUGAAAAAAAUGAUAGCAUUGUUAUAAUAAUCGAAUUAACAAAAUUAAUAAAUAAUAUAUUAAAUACAAAUAAGGAUAUAUAUAUCGAAAAAAAACACAUUUUGCAUUUAACUACAGCAACUUCAAAUUUAAUUGGAAAUAAAAUAUAUAAUUCAUAUAAUUAUAACACUACAAUGCGUGCCAUCUUAAAAUACGACGAGUUUACAGAUCUCUGUGACAAAAUUAUGGAUGCUAUAUUACUAUAUAUACUAGAUUCUGGUGAUCCAGAAAAAAAAAACAGAAACCAAAUUAUAUUGAAUUAUUUAAAAGAAAACAUAGACGGAAUGAAUAUCGCUUUAAUUAAUAUGUGCAAAAAAUAUGGCAUUCGUUUUUAA